AUGAAUUUCUCCUUCGAGGAACUUCAGGAAGGAUCCUUUGCGACUCUGAUCGACGACGAGUUCCUGGAGCUGUAUGGUCCGGCGGGUGCCAGAGUGAAGGUGAAGGAGCUUGGUGAAGACGGAUUGGUGCAUGUGGCCAUCGUGGACACCGACCAUUCUGCUUGGAUCCGGAAAGAGUACCUCAAGGCCGAGCCGACUUCCCGUUCGCAGCUGCAGGAGCUACUUUCAGGCGGCCUUCGCCUGGACGGCUGCCAUCGCCACACAGAGAGGGCUCGCCCCUAUUCCGAGGACAUCUACACGUGCAUUGGCUCCGGAGAUCGGCAGCAGAGUGUCCUCUGGCUGGCGCAGGUGUGCUCGAUUCAUCAGCUCGAUGACUCCGUGCUGUUUGUCUGUGUCAUGCUGCUGGAUCGCUACUGCGCAACUUCUGAGGAUCGUAUGGAACUUGGUCGGGCUCAUCGUACCGUCCUGGCGAUUUUCAGCAUUGCCUUGAAGGUUCUGGGAGUGGCAGCUGGCGGCGGCAAUCAACACGAGCACCUGCGGUUCAUUGCCGAAGGGUUAGGUGAGAACAAGUUCUCCAAGCAGGACAUCAUUCGUGCCGAACUGGAGGUUCUGCAGGCCCUCGGCUUCGAUGUGGCCGCCCAUUCGCCACUGGACUUCCUGGAAAGCUUCCUAUUCUCCGUGGAGAGGCCUCGGCCGAAUGGCUCCUCGGCAUUGGUGUGCAUGGCGACGUUUUUGCUGCAGCUGUCUCUGGGUGACGCCAACUUACUUCACAGGUAUCCGUACGCUGCCCUUGCUGCUGGAGCCGUCUAUGUGGGUCUUUGGUGCACGCAGGCGAGCCCUGAGCGCUGCCAGCUCCUGCUGCAAGAUGCCCGGGAGGCGUUGUCUCCGAAGCCACCACAACCGGCAGCCAUGGACAUGGUGCCGGAAGAUGAAAUCUUCACAGACUUCGAUUUCGCCAUUUGCGAAGUGUGA